CGAGCUCCGGGCUCGCGGGGCGCGGCGCGGGGCUGCGGAGCCCGGCCGCACGCCCGCUCCCGCUCCCGCCGCCGCGGCUGCCCGGGUGCUCCCUCCCGCGCUGGUGCCGUGGACCCCGGCCUGCGCCGAGAGCCUGAUUAUGAAAGGGAAAGCGGCCCUUGCACCGCCGGCCUCCGAGCCGGGGGCUUUUGUUUGGGGAGGAAUGCAAACGGCUUUAUCCUCUCCUCCACCUCCCGGGCCGAAAGCAAUGGGAGCGAGGCCUGGAGAGGCUCCGAAGGCUUCCUCCCCGUCCCGAAGUUUCGAGCUUUCAACAGGGAAGUCGUGCCGCCGCCAUUGUCGCGGCUGCUCGGGUAGGGGAGGCGGCUGCCGCUGCUUAUAUCCUGGCAGCGGGUAUCUUGCAGUUUGACUCACCAGAAGUUAGCAAUUGGAACACCUCAAUAGAAGAAAAAUGCUCCUCAGAGAUCUUGAGAGAGAAUGGGAGCCGACUAAUACUCCGGCCAAAAAAGAAAAUUCAGCACACUGCUGUGUUGCCAUGGGUACUGUACGGCCACGCCAGUCCUGUCUCCCGUAGUCCCUGCACUUUUAUCCCACAAGUCCUGGGGAAAGUUACUGACAACAGUAGAAAGUGACCUGGUAGGAUGGUUUUGCCUGGCCGCCUUCCCUUGGGGGUGACUACAGGCCGGGGUGCCUCUCGGGAACAGUCAGUCAGAAACAGCUUUAGAAAUAAUUUUGUCCAGCUCUCACUUUGCAGAUAAGGAAACUGCCUGCUACUUUAGGCAGCUUAUUGGUGUGUUCGCUUUUCUGGAGAGGGAACUUUUGAUGGUUUUCAGGACUCUGGUCUCUAGGUUUGAGUCCUGCUUGCACCACAGUUUUUGUGUAAGACUGUUGCAGCCCAGUCCUUUGGUCCUGUCACACUAGAGUUUUCUUUGUGUGGUCAUUGUUUAGUCGAGGAAACUUUGUAUGUUUUUCAGGAUAUUAGUCUGCAGGAUGGAGACCCUCUGGCUUAAGACGAGUGUCGUUUAAGUGAUGUGUGGUACAUCACAGAGAAGUGUGCAAAGAAGAAAACAGCUACUGUUCCCUGUCCUCCACCGUUAACUGUUGGGACUGGCGAGCUCCUGAUCAGAGUUACUCUGAUCUGAAGAAUUUGGUGUUUAAAGCAUUAAGAUAAUAGCCUGAGUUGUUCAUGGAGUUUUUCAUCAGUAUGUCUGAAACCAUUAAAUAUAAUGACGAUGAUCAUAAAACUCUGUUUCUGAAAACACUAAAUGAACAACGCCUAGAAGGAGAAUUUUGUGAUAUUGCUAUUGUCGUUGAAGAUGUGAAAUUCAGAGCACACAGAUGUGUUCUUGCCGCCUGUAGCACCUACUUUAAAAAGCUUUUCAAGAAGCUUGAAGUGGAUAGCUCUUCAGUGAUAGAAAUAGAUUUUCUCCGUUCUGAUAUAUUUGAAGAGGUCCUGAACUACAUGUACACGGCAAAGAUUUCUGUGAAAAAAGAAGAUGUUAACUUAAUGAUGUCAUCGGGUCAGAUUCUUGGUAUCCGAUUUUUGGAUAAACUCUGUUCGCAGAAGCGUGAUGUAUCCAGUCCUGAUGAAAAUAAUGGCCAAUCAAAAAGUAAGUAUUGCCUCAAAAUAAAUCGCCCCAUUGGAGAUGCUGCUGACACUCAGGAUGAUGAUGUGGAAGAGAUUGGAGAUCAGGAUGACAGUCCUUCUGAUGACACGGUAGAAGGCACCCCCCCGAGUCAGGAGGACGGCAAGUCCCCUACGACUACUCUCAGGGUUCAGGAAGCCAUCUUGAAAGAGCUAGGGAGUGAGGAAGUUCGAAAAGUGAAUUGCUACGGCCAGGAAGUAGAAUCCAUGGAGACCCCAGAAUCGAAAGAUUUGGGGUCCCAGACCCCUCAAGCCUUAACAUUUAAUGAUGGAAUGAGUGAAGUGAAGGAUGAACAGACGCCGGGUUGGACCACAGCUCCCAGUGACAUGAAGUUUGAGUACUUACUUUAUGGCCACCAUCGGGAGCAAAUUGCCUGUCAGGCAUGUGGGAAGACAUUUUCUGACGAAGGCAGGUUGAGGAAACACGAAAAACUCCACACGGCGGACAGGCCAUUUGUUUGUGAAAUGUGUACGAAAGGUUUCACCACCCAGGCCCACCUGAAAGAACACCUAAAAAUCCACACAGGAUAUAAGCCCUACAGUUGUGAGGUAUGUGGGAAAUCCUUUAUUCGCGCCCCAGACUUAAAGAAGCACGAGAGAGUUCACAGCAAUGAAAGACCAUUCGCGUGCCACAUGUGUGACAAAGCCUUCAAACACAAGUCACACCUCAAAGAUCACGAACGAAGACACAGAGGGGAGAAGCCUUUUGUGUGUGGUUCCUGUACCAAGGCCUUUGCCAAGGCCUCCGAUCUGAAAAGGCAUGAGAACAAUAUGCACAGUGAAAGGAAGCAGGUUACCCCCAGUGCCAUCCAGAGCGAAACAGAACAGUUGCAGGCAGCAGCCAUGGCCGCUGAGGCGGAGCAGCAGUUGGAAACAAUAGCCUGUAGCUAGAGGUGAUGCGACAGGAACACUUUGCCUGAGCCGUGGAGACUGAGAUUGCAUUGUUCGUAAUAAAUGAACACCAGUCACUGUAUUUUUGUGGAAUCUUACGGAGCAUUAUACGCACUGGACUUAAGGCAGUGCUUGGUUAGGUGUUUUUAAAGCUUUUCAAGGAAGAUAACAUUCCUUGUUUCUGACCACACCGUUUCACUGUCCUGUCUGGUGUCUAGUAUUGAUGUUGCCAGGAAGCCCUCCCACCCCUCUUUUUUACGAUUUUAAUUUGAGAACUCCUGUGUCCAGUACAGAAGUGAGAGACUUCUAGUCCAUUUUUAAUUCCUCAUGACACUUGCCGCACUGGUGGUGCACUGCACAGAGUGAUAAUUGAGUAAAUUGAUUUGCUAAUCAUCACAAUUAUAAGUGACUUAUGGUCAAAACAGCAUUUUUAAUAACUCAAUAAAAGUUCUUCGUGUAGAUGCAGAAAAUACUGGUGGGUGGUUGGCCGAGAACGCUGCGCAGAUAGGAAAACAAGUUCUGGAAGUGCAGAAUGGUCUUAGAUUUCUAAUUGGUUUGUUAGUUUUAUAUCACUGUUUUUCACAGUUUUUGUGGACAAAUAAUGGUUGCUUUGCUGAAGUGUUUCUUCAUCCAUCUUUGAUUGCCCGUACCUACCCCCAAAGACGUAGUCACAAUUCCCGAAGGCUGAGCAAGCCCACAGGGGUGUUGGUGGUCUGGGGGCUGAGUUCUUUUGUUCCUGUUACUUGAGGCAGUGCCACUCUGCAACAGAUGGGGUUUGUGGAAUGGACCAGUGGUGAGAAGAUUAGAAAAGGGUGCAUAAGAACCUGGCUCUCAGACACGAGGUUUUCACAUUUGCAACGCUUCCAAGAUUUUCUAGAUCAAGGUAAUUCUUAAUUGAUUUUGAAAUUGAAUUUUUCUUUAGGAUCAAAAUUAGGACAAGAACAGAUAUGCCUUUUCAGAUACAUUUGUGUAACAACAUGAUGUCAUCAAGCUUUUGGCCCCUGUGCAGCACACGAUUUAUCCAUAAAGGAGAUGGGAUAUCCCUACUUAAUACAUUUAAAGCCUUUUAAGUGUGUAAAUAGUAUAAAAGUGUUGGUCUUAUGUAUCUCAAGUAAAAGUAGACAGCUGCACUUUUUUUGCACAUUGGAUUAAAAUAACUUCCAUCAGCAACAAACAUCAGUCUGUUUUUAACCAAUAUUAAAGAUUGUCAGACCAAAUGUUUAUGUUUCUGAAGUAUAUUUCAUCACUGGUUACAGUUUUAAGUAGAAGUUGAUUGCCUUUUCAUAGCUGUAAACAGAAUUAUAAACACUGUUCCAAUUUUGGUGUACAAAAUUUUUUUUUUAUCAUUUCUUUAGGGAUAUGUUGAAAUACCAACAAUAAUUUGAAUUAUGUUCUGUAAUAAAGUGUUAGUCAAUUAUUUUAGAAUGUACAAUCUUAGAAGAAUGUCAAUUUUUAAAAUUUAUUUUUGGUUGCUAGGGUUUUUUUAAAGAUGCAUUAAAGUAAUUUCAUUUCAUAGCUUGUUGCAUUAACACCUGUAAUUACUAUUGUGGGAGAAAUUUUAUUUUUUAAAGUGAUGUAUAUGUUAUGCCCAAGAUUGUAGGAUGAAGUUGCUACCUUUUUAAGAGACUUAUUUAUUGGUAAAAUGUUUAAUUUAGUUUAAAAUUAAUUUAAUUUUUCUUAAAAGUUGUUUAUUCUUUCCUAAGAGUAGUCCUGUCACUGUGUUUACAUGCUGUUAGUCAAAGGGAAACUGAUUGCCGUUCCUGGGCUGUUUUAACCAAAGCAAAGGAAAAAUAAUUUAACAUCUUGUUGAUAGCUACGUCAACAAACCAUUUUUUGGGCGUUCGUUUUUGUAUAUAAAAGAAAGUAUACUUCUGUCA